AUGGAGGCGCUUUAUCAUCAAACCAACAAACAGGUCCAUGAGGUCCACUUGUACAUGGGCCGACUCGAGACUUCAGACAAGCAGUCAGUCCACUUGGUAGAAAAUGAGAUUCAGGCAAGGAUAGACAAGAUCUUCAGUAACCUGGAACGCCUGGAGAUUUUUUGCAACAAGGAACCUCCGAACAAGCGCCAGAAUGCCAAACUCCGAGUAGACCAGUUGAAAUAUGACAUCCAGCAUUUGCAGACGGCCCUAAGAAACUUCCAGCAUCGACGUUACGCACGGGAGCAGCAGGAAAGACAACGCGAGGAGCUUCUGGCCAGGACGUUUACCACGAAUGAUUCUGACACCACCAUCCCAAUUGACGAAACGUUACAGUUUAACGAGUCCCUUCAAAAUGCGCACCGUGGCAUGGACGAUCUUAUUGGCAGCGGAACCAGCAUCCUACAGGGCCUGAGAGAUCAGAGAGUGACAUUGAAGGGCACCCAAAAGAAGAUCCUGGAUGUCGCCAACAUGUUGGGCUUAUCCAACACUGUCAUGCGCCUCAUUGAGAAACGUGCCUUCCAGGAUAAGUACUUCAUGCUUGGUGGCAUGGUGGUGACCUGUGUGCUCAUGGUCCUUGUGGUGCAGUAUCUGACGUGA